AUGUCCGAAUAUAGCCCACGAAACCGUUUAGGGAAACCUACGGUUUCCUCUCGGUUAAGCUACGGUAUCCCAAACCGAGAGUUCCAAUCUUUUGCACAUAGCACUUGUGGUUACAUCUCUUUGUCUAAUAACAUCCCUCCUACAAGUUCUCCACCUAAGGACAUUGGUGAGGUAGAAAAACUUGUAUCAGAAGGCAAAGUAGCUGUUGUCUUUGUCGAGCCCAUACAUGGCAAUGGAGGGAUAAAAAGCUUUACGCCACAAUACCUGCGGUCUUUACGGACUGCUUGCGAUAAAUCUGGAGUAUUACUUGCAUUCGAUGAGGUUCAAUGUGGCAUAGGUCAAACGGGCCGGCUUUGGGCCCACCAAGCACUCGGUGUAGAGCCGGAUUUUAUGAUUGUGCGAUUCCGUGGUAUGGACAUCGGGGCUCUUGUGGUGAAUAAAAAAAUGAAUGCCCUUAUACACAAAUAUGAAAACGAGCACAUGCACAUCCCUCGGGAAUGUGGUGAGGCUUUAAAUGUCUUCAGAAAAGUAGCUCAGCGUCGCUAUUUGGAUCACCAACUAGGAAGAAACGCUCGUGUAAAAGGAAUACAAGCAUUCGGCCUUGUAGCUGCAGUGGAGCUAGAUGUUGAUGCGCAAUCGUGUGUCGAUGAAUGUAAGAAGCGUGGUCUUGGGAUAGAGGUUGUAGGGAAAGGGAACAUCAUCUGUAUCAUGCCUCCAUUUAUGGUUACUACAUACCAGCUGGAUGAUGCAGUUGGCAUCAUAGAUGAGUGUCUGGGCGUUCUUGGAGGCAAUGGUUUUUUUUUUAGAAAAGGCAAAUAA